ACAAAUCUUGUGUAUUAUUUAGAUAUAGAUCUAGGCCUAAUUAAAAUUAUUAAAUUUGUAAUAGAUCUACUUAGAUAAUAUUAAGUACGGUAAAACGUUAGUUUAGCGUCGGAAAUUAUCCGGUAAUUUUUUGGUUCAAUGUUGUAGUCAGUCAAGUCAAGUCACAAGUAAGUGACAAUUUUACCCUUCAAUUACUAUUGAGAGAAAUCUCAGAUAGUAAAUAAUGCACAAUAUUCAUCCAGAUAUAAAGUCAUUGGAUUCUGUGGGCUGAAAGAUAUUUUGAAUAAAAAAAUGUUGACUAAUGCUUGUACAGAAAGUAAUUUUAGAAAAUGAUGCUGGGAAACUGAUAUAAUAAAAAAAAAUUAAUCUUUUGUAAGCUUCAAUUGUUUAGUGUGACGAGAACAAUGAUGAAUCGCAUUUUUCCACGAACAAGGUUUCUUGGUGUCUUUGUGGUCAUCUUCACAUUCCUUCUGGGUUUGAUGAUUAGUGAUUCUUUGCGUGAUUGUGACGGUCAGGAACUCACUGCCACAAAAAGUCUUCUUAAAAAAUACGCCAAUCGACUGGAAGAAAUGAAAUCUGAUCAGAUAAUUCUCCGUAAAAAACUCUCUGAGGCAGAAGAACAACUUGUGGCUGCUGGCAGUUCACAAAGAUGGGUUAAGGGUUUACCUGUCAUUUAUCUUAUAACCCCAACAUACACUAGACUAGAACAGAAAGCGGAAUUAACACGAUUUAGUCAUACCCUGAAGCUAGUCAGAAAUGUACAUUGGGUUGUUAUUGAGGAUACAGAACAAAAAAGCCAGCUGGUCACAAAUUUUCUACAACAAACAGGCCUUAAUUACACUCAUUUAAAUGUGAUAACACCAGCCCAGUAUAAGCUGGCUAAUGAGGAUCCAAACUGGUUGAAACCAAGAGGGGUUUUGCAGCGUAAUGCUGGCCUGGAUUGGCUUUUGAAGAACACUUCACCGGAACAGCCUGGUGUUGUGUACUUUGCUGAUGAUGAUAAUACAUACAGUUUGAAACUUUUUGAAGAGAUGCGUUAUACCAAGAAGGUGUCUGUAUGGCCUGUAGGUCUUGUAGGUUAUCUUCGUUAUGAAAGCCCAGUUAUAAAAGAUGGAAAGGUUGUAGGUUGGUUUACUUACUGGAAGCCGAAGCGGCCAUUUGCUCUGGAUAUGGCAGGUUUUGCAAUCAAUCUUAAUCUCAUUCAUAAUUACCCUGAUGCCAGAUUUUCAAAUUUUGUACAGAGAGGAUAUCAGGAAUCUACAUUGUUAUCUGGCAUGCAGAUAGUUUUAGAAGAUUUAGAACCAAAAGCUAAAAUGUGUACAGAGGUCCUAGUUUGGCAUACAAGAACAGAAAAAAGCAAAACGAAGAAUGAAGAAAAAAUGGUAAAAUUAUAUGGAGCUGGGUCUGACCCAAAUAUUGAAGUUUAAAUGAUCUGUAAUUGUUUGUUGAACGGUAAUGAAAAAUUGUCUUCCAUAGAUUUUGCAUAAAAAAGAAAGGUGCUAAGUUAUUUUUUGUGAAUGGCAAUAGUAAUUUUUAAAAAAUUCUGACCUAAUGCUUUCAGUGUUUUUGCUACUAUACACAAUACUCAAUAUUUAAAUUAUUUUUGAAAUGUCCAACUAAAGUUGGAAAAAUAUUUAGAAAAGAACAUAAGCUCAUCAAUUUGUUGAAAUUAUCAAAUGUAUAUUGUUUUUUUUUAAUGAAAAAUUGUGUGAUCUAAAAAGAAGUGGUGUUUUAAAAAUGCAUAAUAGUCUCUUUAUUAUAUAUCAAUAUGAAAAGCAAACAUGAUCUUCACUUUACUUAUCCACAUUUCUAUUUAUUUGUCUACUCUGACAUUGUUUUAAUGUAUUUUAUUUGGAAAUGCCACGUUGUUUCUUAAGCAUUUCAGCUCACGUGUAUUAUUGUCAAUGCUUUAUUAUCAAUUUAAAAUCUUUAAUUGUAAUUAUCUAUCUAGAAGAUGCAGUUAGUAUUUUUUGUUAUUAAAAAAAAGUAUUCUAUCCUUCAAACCUGAUGUUCAGUUGAGCAGGUGAAGUAGAUCUUACCUGAUUCCUUGAACUUAAUUUUCUCUAAUUAAUGUCAGGUAUUUAUCAGAGCUGGGUAUACUCAGGAACAUCCUACCUACUCUAGUACAGUAUCUAAACUUGAGACUUUCAUAUGCUUUAUAACCUGGCCACGCUGUUAACUUUUGUCCUUUCUAGUAAGUAAAUUAUUUAUUAAAGAGAAAUAACAAAGUAUAUAUUUCAAAAAUAAAUACACAGUAAAAGAGUUUUAAGAAUCUGUCUAGGCCUAAUUGUUAUUUAUUCAUUGUCAAUGAUAAUGGCCGUUAAGUUGUAAUUUUUUUAAAACUUAAACCGGCUGACUAUUCAUAGACAAAAUGUUAAAGGUAGUUUUUAUAUAUAGCCACUGAGCUAUACUUUGCUAAAUACUAUGUCAGCAGUGUUCAUUCAUAAAACGAAAAUGAGUUUUUGUGAUCAAUGCGUUAUAACCAUUUAAGCUUUUUCACUGAAUAUCUACUAUACUGUUGAAGAAUUUUGUGUUUGCUUUAAAGUUGUGUUGAACUAUUCUACUGUAUUUAAAUGAAAACCUUGGAACUGAGCUGUUGAAGGAUGAUAAUGAUGUACACCUAUAUCACACUAUGUGCAACUGUUUACUUAUAUAAAAAAGUAUAACACUUGCUAAUAGGUGGAAAUGUUUUAUAGGCUAGUAAUAAUAAGCAAUAUACAAUAUUUAUAAAUGUUUAUUCUGGUGAUAAAUAUAGUAUUAAAAUUUAAAUUUGUGAAAAAUAAUUUAAUGUGCCUUAGGCUCAGAGUGAACAUUUUUAAAUGUGAAAUAAAAAAGAAAACAGAUUUUAUAUACUUUAUAUAUUUUUAUGAGCACAGCGGAUUAAUUUUUAUUAAGUUAUUGAAAUCUUUAUAAAACCUUUCAUUAUACUUAUACUUCACUUGAUCAAAACAUUUGAUAUGUUUUGCAAUUUUGUGUGUUUUACGUUGUGUGGAUUUGCAUCUUUCUUUUUGUUGAUGUACUAAAAUAGCUUGUAAAACUUGAGGUUGAAUCUAUCAAAUUGUAUUGCAUGGUUUUUAAAUACCUUUUUUUAUAACUCUAGGUUUGUUUAUUUCUGGGACUUUUAAUCUUUAACAUUGUGUAAGCAAAGCAGCUAUGACAAAAUAUUUUUGCAUUGUGCUUUAACAUACUUUUUAUGUACUAUGACUUAAUAGAAUUAUCUAUUAUUGCACUUUUUUAUUUUUUUGUUUUAUAAAUAAAUUGAUUUAUUUUGCACCUUG